GCCACUCAGACACAGACGAUCAACAUGGCCAGAAUUCUUUUGACCGGCGGAAGUGGCUUUAUUGCCGCCCAUGUUCUUGAUACCCUCCUUGAGCGUGGCCAUUCGGUCGUGACGACGGUCAGGUCGGAAGAAAAAGCUCAGAGAAUUAGAGAUGCGCAUCCAGGCGUUCCCAAGGCGAAACUUGACUUUGUGAUCGUGCCCGAUAUUGCGAAGCCUGACGCAUUCGACAAGGCCGUUGUUUCAGACCCUCCGUUCGAUACUGUUAUUCAUACCGCUAGCCCAUUCCAUUUCCGGGCUACCGACGCCCAAGAGCAGCUUUUGAAGCCUGCUAUUAACGGAACCGUUGGAAUCCUUCGUGCAAUUAAAAACAGUGCUCCGACCGUCAAGAGAGUGGUAGUCACGUCUUCCUUUGCAGCCAUCCUCGACCAAGCGAAGCCACCAACAUAUGUGUAUUCAGAGGCUGACUUCAAUCCGACUACGGAGGAAGACGCUACAAAAAAUCCCUUCUUGGGUUACCGCGCGAGCAAAGCCCUUGCCGAGAAAGCGGCCUGGGACUUUAUAGAAAAGGAGAAGCCGAAUUUCACUCUUGCAACAUGCAACCCGCCGCUUGUCAUAGGACCCUUGGUCCACUAUCUUAGCUCUCUCGACGCCAUCAACACCUCCUGCGAACGAUUCCGCGACCUUAUAACCGGCGCAGCCAAGGAGCACUGUCCGCCGACUGUCAGUCCUCUCUGGGUCGACGUACGGGACAUUGCGCUUGCCCACGCCCUGGCAGCCGAGAAGCCAGAGGCUGCCAAUCAACGAUUCUUCACCGUUGCGGGGGAACUCAGCAACAGGGAGAUUGCGGAGAUUAUAUGGAAUGAGUUCCCGGAGCUGCGAGAUAGGUUACCGCAGGGCGAUGCGUUGAAGUCGGGUGAGAAUCCGCCAGAGGGGGUGUUCGGGUUCGACAACCGCAAAUCGAAAGAGGUUUUGGGAUUAACGUAUCGGCCUUUGAAGGAGGCUGUUGUUGACGCGGUUAAAAGUAUUCUACCGUUGGUGAAGUAAUUUAAUGGCGGGCUUUUUUCGGAUAGAGAGUCUCCUUUGGCCUCAAUUUGGAGUGGGCAUAGAGUCUGUAUUGCAUUUCUUGACCUUCAAUGACAUAUAGCUACCCGG